AAUCUCCCUGGUUUGCUCACUCUUCUCUCGGUCUCAUCAACCAGCAAUUUGUCGAGAGCAUCUAGGGCUUUCACAAGAAUACAUCACUCAUAGAAUACUCACCCGGUUAGAUUCCGUUUCCUCGCAUCCGUUCCUCGUUAGAUCCGCCUCGUCAGCAACAGCGAAAACCCCUCCUCCUUCCGCAAGCUGCCCCGCGAACACAACUAAACCACCCACCAUGUCGCGCCAUCGCGUCAAGGCCGUGAGCUACGAUGAAGACGAGUACGAUGAUGGCUACUACUCCCCGGACCCGGAAGAACAAGAGUUCCUCGAGCAGUGUACGGUGGAGGUGCUGAACCAGCUGCGUGCGGGGGAUCCCUCGGUGACGGCGACCCGCGGUGAAGUCCAGGAUGCACUGUACCACUAUUACAACGAUAUCGAGAAGUCUGUGAAUUACCUCCGAGGCAAGAAGGUUAAGGAACUUCAGAAGAAGCAGGCUGUCGCCGCUGCGGCUCCUAAGGCGAAGGGGACUUCAGUGCCGGCAUACCCCGCUCCUCCUCUCAUGUCACCGCCUCCGGCUGCACAUUUCUCGGCGGCGGACUUCUUUCGUGACGCCCCGUGGUUGAAUAUCCCGACACACCGUAAGGGGGAGAUUCUCGUCGAGCCGCUGUACCCUCGACUGGGUCUUUUGGGCGGUGCGCCGGACGGUGCGGGCGGAGGCAAGAUGUCGAAAUUGGCUGCCUUGGCUGCUGCGCGCAGGAAGAAGGAGGGUGAUAAGGCUGCUACGACCCCGCCUGUGGCUGCAGAAAUACCUGAUGCUGAGAAAGUACCUCAACCGGCUCCCAGUGAGUCGAAAGGUGCACCCUUGUCACUGCGCGAGAGGCUAGCUGCUAGUGGAAAGCCGCAGAAGUCGACAGCAGAGGGCUUGCAAUCACUGCGUUCCCUCGGCAAGGGAUCUCGUCAGGGUAAUUCUUCGUCGGUUAAGAAGACAACUCCGGAGCCGAAGCCACAAGCAAGCCCCAAGGAGGAGGAGGCUACGCCUGCGACGUCAGGGCCGGAGACACCGGUGGCCAGUGAAGAGGCGGAGCAAGCUGCUGUGAACAUCCGUGCACCGCCGUCGACAUUUGCCAACGCCAUCGUUGGGGAUUCCGCGCGGCCGAAGAUGACCGAGCCCAGCCACUUAUCCGCCAACACUCUUGACUUGAUCAGAAUCUACGGACAGGAUCUUGCUGAACCUUUUGACUUUGCAGGCCCAAGCCCCGACGAUGUCGUCAUCAACGCACAGAGCUCUGCUAAAGGCUUCAAAUCGAAACAGCCUGCUUCCAAGUCGGCAGGUGACAAGAAAUCGCAGGCUGACCUGGCGGGAGGAAUGAAUAAUCUCAGCGUCGAGGAGAAGGUGAACGUCAAGAGCAAGAAUUUAGACGUUCUGUCUGAGUAUAAUAAAGCGAAACGGAAGAGGGCGAUGAAUUUUGCGGUAAUCGGUCAUGUUGAUGCGGGAAAGAGUACAUUGAUGGGUCGGUUGCUUGCUGAUCUGAAGGCUAUCGAUCAACGCACUCUGGACAAGUACAAGCGGGAGGCGGAGAAGAUCGGAAAAGGGUCGUUUGCUCUGGCUUGGGUCCUGGACCAAGGUGCCGAGGAGAGAGCUAGAGGCGUCACCAUUGACAUCGCCACCAAUAAGUUCGAGACGGAGAAGACGGUGUUUACAAUUGUCGACGCUCCUGGUCAUCGGGAUUUUGUGCCUAACAUGAUCGCUGGAGCCAGUCAAGCUGACUUUGCCGUCCUUGUUAUCGACUCCAGUAUCGGCAACUUCGAGUCUGGCUUGAAGGGACAGACGAAGGAGCAUGCCUUGUUGGUGCGGAGUAUGGGCGUGCAGAGGAUCAUCGUGGCUGUGAACAAGAUGGAUUCUGUUCAAUGGGAUAAGGAGCGCUUCGACGAGAUUGAGCAGCAGGUAUCGUCUUUCCUGACGACUGCCGGCUUCCAGCCCAAGAACAUCAACUUUGUGCCUUGCUCGGGUAUCAGCGGUGACAAUGUCACUCGGCGCAGUGAAGAUCCGAAUGUCUCAUGGUACCACGGUCGUACUCUGGUUGACGAGCUGGAGGCCACCGAACCUUACUCCCACGCGGUCGACAAGCCGCUUCGGAUGACCAUUGGGGACGUGUUCCGUGGCAGUGUUCAGAAUCCAUUGUCGAUAUCUGGCCGCAUCGAUGCUGGCAGCUUACAGGUGGGCGACCAGAUCUUGACCAUGCCCAGCAGUGAGACGGCCACCAUCCGGAGCCUGGAGGUAGACGGAGAACCUAGUGACUGGGCUGUGGCGGGUCAGAACGUCGUCCUGAACCUAGCCAACAUUGAUCCCAUCCACCUUCGGUCCGGCGACGUGAUCUGCCGGGCAUCGGCGCCCAUCGCCAACGUCACGUCAUUCACAUGCAAGGUGCUGGCUUUCGACCACCUGUUGCCUAGCAUGGUGGAUAUUCACCGUGGUCGCCUACAUGUCCCCGGACGGAUCAGUCGGCUCGUUGCCACCUUGGACAAACAGUCUGGCACGAUCAUCAAGAAGAAGCCUAAGAUUGUGGCACCGGGCACAGUGGCGCGGAUUGUUGUCGAGAUGGAUCAAGCGGUGCCUCUAGAAGCGCCUACGCGGAUUGUUCUGCGAGCCGGAGGCGAAACGGUGGCUGCUGGCUUGUUGGAGUAGAUGGAUUUAGACGAUUACGCAUGAUUAUAGAUGCUGCGGCAUUUACUGCAUAAACAAUGAAUGC